AUGGCGGACCUAGCAGAGAGCACUGCUAAGCUGCAGCUGGACGAGGAGACGGGGGAGAUGGUCUCUAAGGCAGAAAUGAAGAAACGAUUAAAGAAGCGCGAAAAGGCUAAGGCUAAGGAAGCUGCAAGGAGUGAGGUGAAGAGCGAGGAGAAAGCCAAGCCAACACCGAAGCCCAAAGCGACCACAGAAGAACCAGCAAUCGAUCCUAAUAAUAUGUUUAAGACCGGAUUUCUUGACGAGGUAUUCAAGAUCAGACCUAUGAAACCUGUUUUCACCCGUUUCCCUCCCGAGCCGAACGGUUUCCUUCAUAUAGGACACGCAAAGGCCAUCGCAGUGAACUUUGGUUUUGCUAGAUACCACGGAGGCGAAUGCUAUCUUCGUUACGACGAUACCAAUCCAGAGGCCGAGGAGCAGGUUUACUUCGAUGCUAUUCUUGAGAUGGUAGAAUGGCUCGGUUUCAAGCCCUACAAGAUUACCUACUCGUCAGACAACUUCCAGAAGCUUUACGACCUCGCCGAGAAGCUAAUAGGACUCGAAAAAGCCUAUGUCUGCCAGUGUAGCGAUACCGAGAUUAAACUUCAGCGCGGCGGCGAAAAGGGAACUGCUGGUCCGCGUUACCGUUGCAAGCAUGCCGAGCAACCCGCCGAGGAGAAUCUGAAGAAAUUUAGGGAUAUGAGAGAUGGAAAGUACAAGCCUCAGGAGGCCUUCCUCAGGAUGAAGCAAGUCCAAAGUCGAGUCAGCUACGAAUGGCUAAAUAAGACCCUUGGAGUAUACGAACCGAUGCAAAGAGAAUACGGUAGACUCUCAAUUUCUGGCACGAUCCUUUCGAAGCGCAAAAUCUUGAAACUCGUGGCAGAGAAGAUUGUACGAGGGUGGAAUGAUCCUCGUCUUUAUACGUUAAUCGGCAUCAAGCGAAGAGGUGUUCCACCUGGCGCUAUCCUAGAAUUCGUCAACGAGCUUGGCGUGACAACUGCAAACUCCGUUAUUGAAAUCAAGCGUUUCGACCAAGCUAUCAGGAAGUACCUGGAACGAACGGUGCCGCGGUUGAUGCUUAUUUUGGAUCCCAUUCCUGUAGUCAUCGAAGAUGCCGACGAUAUCGACGGGAAGGGUCUUGCGUUUCCAUUUAGUCCAAAAGAUCCUAAGAUGGGCUCCCACGAUGUCACAUUUAGCAAGACUAUUUACAUUGACCGCUCGGACUUCAGAGAGGACGCAGAUCCAUCAUUCUUCCGCCUUGCUCCCGGAAAGACUGUCGGACUUCUUCAAGUACCACAUCCGAUAAAGGCAGUGUCGUUCACCAAAGACGACGCAACAGGAAAAGUUACCGAAAUUCGGGCAGUAUUUGACAAGGAGACGAAGAAGCCAAAGGCGUAUAUCCAAUGGGUUCCGACAGAAGCGGCUGGUACACGGAAAGCGGAAGUCAGAAUUUACAACUCGCUGUUCAAGUCCGACAACCCCAAUGAGGCAUCAGGAGGAUUCUUAAACGACAUUAACCCGGAUAGCGAGGUAAUCUACCCGAACGCUUUAGUCGAGUCUGGAUUCGAUGAGGUUAGGAGGAGGGCGCCAUGGCCUGAAGCAGCGGGUGAGAGCGAGCUUGGUAAAGGAGGACCUGAGAGCGUCCGUUUCCAAGCGAUGCGCAUCGCAUACUUCGCGAUGGACUCUGACUCGACCGACGACCAUAUCAUUCUUAAUAGAAUCGUGGCAUUAAAGGAGGACGCGGGAAAGAGUUGA